AUGGACGAUCUACUCGCAAUCUCAAAGUCCAUCCUGGACAAGGUGCCGCGGCUCCAAGCGCUAGACAACUACUUCAGAACUCCAGAGAUCCUUGCGCGACAGCAACGUGUCGAUCAGCUCGAGGAGCUGGCCCAGCAGAAUGCUAAGAGAUUCCGCGAGGACACAGCUGGCAAGAUUGAUAUCCGGCCGUUUAGGACCCUCGUUUUGGAGCAAUUCAAGCUCGAGGAGGAAAUCGAGAAAGACAAAGCUCUGUUUUUGAAACAGCUCCUCAACGACUGGGGUACGGUUCCGGAAAGCCUUCAGGCGCUCGCAGCUUCUACAUCCCAAACUCCACAAAAUCUUUUGCAAGCGCCCCUGCCAGCUGAUUCGAUACCCACGCCCCCAGCUCCACGAGCUCCAUUUCCAACUAGUUCGAUACCUACACCUUCGCGCAGCUCUGCAGUCCACGAUAGUCUGGAAAGAGCCGAGCCAGAGCGCAAUGCGACCGCUGGAUCCCAACCCUCAUUGGCCGACAAUGCCGAACGUGUGUCGAGCAGAAAGCCCCGAACCUCUGCAUCUCAACGAAGAUCCUCCAACAUCUCGCGCGAUGAGAAUCGACCCAUCAAACGCAGUCGUCGAGGCGAAAUAACACCUUCCCUUACACCAGACCGAUCUAUCAAUUUCAACGAGGUCUACAAGGGUAUCGACGCUCCAGCCAAGUACAGGAUUGUGCAGUUUCCGUUUCGCCAAGGAAAUUGGUACAUCUUGGAGUGCAAGGACUGCGAUAUCCAGUUCCGAGGAGAGGAUGUUGUUGAGGAUGCAUAUGACCAUUUCUAUCACAACCACGGCCGCAGUUUUAGUACCACAGAGGAGCAAGUUGUUCAGGUGCUGGGCACCCAUGUGUCUGACUGCAAUACCGAGCUCGCCGAGAAAAACAAUGCGCUCUGUACCCUACCUCCGGAUCCAGAUGGCAACGAGACAGAGCUUGAAAAUGGAGAUGAAGAGCCAUCCGAACGCCCGAAGCACGCGAAUACACGAAAGAAAGGGAAACGCGGGAGACGGAAGAAUCCCUCCGCUCAUUGGGUGCCUCCUAAGGCAUUCAAGGAUGUUGAUCCUCGAAUCAUCAAUGCAAAGCCGGGCGACAUCGUCUGCUUGUAUAAUGACAGAACCAAGUCCUUUUCUCCUCUCAUGAUCCUUCCGUGGGGACCUUUCCCACGUUUCAAGCUCAAGAAGGUCUUACAGGACGUAAAACUCCACACAACAAUCCCCAAAUGCUAUGAUGGUGCAAAACCCACGGAUCUUACUCCGUCACCUUGGGCCCCUGGCUAUGAAGACAAUGGCGACUUGGCUCACAAGCGUAGCCUUCCGGGUCUUUUCUUUCGUGCUGCUCAAGAUUUCCCAUAUGACUGCAGGUCGGGUUGGGUCCCGUUGAACAAGCUCAAGGUCUACGAUAAGGCUUGCCCUCGCACUCGGAACAAAGAAUCCGUUGAAGAGUACAUCGAAUACUAUGCAGAGUGGUGCAAUGACCCACCGACCGGGGGCAUGCAGGAUGAGGCGACCGCACCAGAGAGAACCCAUCGGCUUCAACCAGGAAGCCAUCGAGGUCCUGAGAACAGCGCCGUAGUUCAAAGCCCUCGACACUCGGCAGAACAGAACAGUGUUGCGCCUACAAUUGAAGAUGUUGAUAUCAAGGAAGAGCCAGAAGAUGACAACGAACAUAGCGAAUAUGACGAAAUAGAAGAGAGUGAAGGCAGGGAGGAAGAAGGGGAAGAACACGUGACAUCGCAGGGUAGUAUUCAUUACCGUAUUAGGCUGUUUUUGCGACAGGUGCUUGAUGUGACGCUGUUCCUACAUGUUUCUCUUUGUGAUGAGCAAAGACCUCAAUGUUCACGAUGUCUCGACAAAGACAUCCCAUGUGAAUAUCCUCGUCAAAAAUCUCGUGCAUUGAGAUCACCUACUCAAGAAGACACAUGGAGUCAAUUCCAGUCUCUCACCAUCCCAACGCCAUACUACGCCCGUUCAACAAGCGCGAGUCUCUCAACGUCAGAUCUCUCACCGGGCUUGUCGCCCUAUCUCGCACCAAGCCCCAACUUCACUCUCCUCCCGCAAGAAAUCCCUCUUCCAUCCGUCGAUCUCGGCGCCGCAGAGCUUGAACUCUUUAGUUACUAUCUAUCCCACACAGCGCGCUCUCUAGCCUACGAUGAAGAUGAUUUGUAUGCUUUGCAAGUUGGAUUUCCCAAUCUUGCUUUCAGAAGUAAACCCCUCAUGAGCUCUAUACUCGCUCUCGCAGCUGUGCGAAAAUGUCACGAUUUGAUAUCUCAACCUUUGCAGAGGAUCGACAAGAGUCAAGUUAGGUAUUUACUUGCUCUUGCAGAUGAACAUCAUAGGGUUUCGCUUCGGCAGACGAGGGCUGAUAUUCCAAUUGCUAAUCAUUACGAUCACGUUGUUGCGAAUGCACCGCUGAUGGUCCUUUACGCAACGGCGAAUCACGCUGUGAGAAUUCACGUUGAAAAGACAUUGGAUGCAGGGGAGAGAACGAGUUUGGCGCCGGUGCAGUUACACUGGAUGACACUCAUUCGGGCGGCGCAUUUAGCGUAUACGGGUCUUUUGCACUCGACGAAGGAUUUUGGAUUCUUGGAGGACUUUACGGCUAGUCCGCCUGACAUCACCUUGAACAGCCAGUCAACUAAUGGCUUGGUUCCUUUGGGGGAGAACGGACCUACGCCCCAGACAGAGCAACUUCUCAUGCCUAUUAUCGCAGCGACAUCGGGGUCAGCGCUGGAGAAGUUACGAACGAGAGCGCAGGCUUUGGAGUUUACUGCGCACUUGAAGCCAUCCUGGGAGUCACCGGGUGAGGAUACUGAACUUCAAGCCUGUCUUGUUGCCCUCGAAGCGCUGAGCAGUAUCGUGAAUGAGCUGUUUCACCCAGAUCAGAGCGCUUAUACAGAUUCCCAACAACCUGAUCUAGAAGCGGGUUGGGCUGCACUGAGUCAACUCUCAGAUGUAUCACCUUGGCUACGAAAUUACAUGGCCCGCGUAACAUUCUCGACACCACCCAAACCCCUCCGCCGAACAAUAAUGUGGUUCCUGAACCGGAUUCCCAGCGAAUUUCUCAGCAUCGUCGAGUCUGUGCUUGAUAACAUCCCCACAAGUCCAGGAAGUAUUCCCGACGAGGGUAUUCAGUGUGAAGGCGAUGUCUCUGAGACGACGAGACUUGCCAUGGAUAUCUUCUCUCAUUGGCUUGUUUUGGUUAUGCUGUUAGAUGGUGUUUGGUGGAUUGGAGGUAUUGGGGCUUGUGAGUUGGGGAGGAUAGUGAAGUAUACGAGAAGGAAGAAUUUCUUUGGGGAGUUUCUGGGGAUGGAGACGUGGUGGCCGAGGAGUAUGCUUCAUAUUGCUAUGGAGAUAGGAAGUCAAUCCUAGGGCAGACAUGGCAUGGUAUAAUGUUUAAUGGGAUGAGAGAAAAGGUUUGGAUGUUUUUACGGAUAACGGGG